GGGGCAAUGGGGCCAAAAAAUUAUUCGUUUGCUGCCCUCCCACUCGACUAGGCAGCGUACCCAGUCACUAUCUAAGACGAGCUGGUUCGCAUUGAUUUACUUGCGCAUCCGCUUUCGAACUUGAGCUUUAUAUGACUUACUCUUGCCUUUGUAAAUUCCACCUACUAUCAACAUGUUUCGGCGAGCGUUCAUUGCAUCUUCAAGAGCCGCUUCUUCGAGCUCAAAAAUAAUUGCGCAACACCCCUCCGUGCGAUCGCAAUUCCCCUCCGCACCUUUAAAUCCACUAAAAGCUUCAUUAUCCGCAAGGACAAGAUGGUACAGCGACCAGGCGGACGCAACAACAAAGAAGGAUGGUGAAGAAGCAGUGCCAGAAGCGGAACCCAAAAAGAGCGAAGAUGCUGAGUCACCGUCAAGUGUUGAGGCUGAACUGAAGAAAAAGCUUGAGACGAAAGAGAGGGAAGCUAUCGACUGGAAGGACAAAUACCUUCGGUCUGUGGCUGAUUUCCGGAACCUUCAAGACCGCACCCAGCGAGAAGUAAAGGCUGCUCGUGAUUUCGCUAUUCAGAGAUUUGCCAAAGAUCUCGUCGAGAGCAUCGAUAACCUGGACCGCGCCUUAUCCAUGGGCCAGGAGAAGAUGAAGGUUGAGGAGGACAAGGAAGCCAAUGUCGAUCUCAACAACUUCUACGAGGGCGUCAAGAUGACAGAAACCAGCAUGCUCCAAACGUUGUCCAAGCACGGUCUCGAUCGGUUCAACCCCGAGGGUGAAAAGUUCAACCCCAAUGAGCACGAAGCUACCUUUAUGACUCCUAUGCCAGACAAGGAGGAAAACACCGUAUUCCACGUCCAGCAAAAGGGCUACAAGCUCAACGGAAGGAUAUUACGCGCUGCUAAGGUUGGCGUCGUUAAGAACCAAUAAAUCCACCAUAUCUUGCCCUCCAAAUCAGCAUAUC